AUGGAAACCGACGCGGUGGAAAGUGAUGAUGGAUAUUUGAUGUCGAGUGAAUCCGAAUCGGACAGUACAUCGAUAGAAAAAGUCGAAAAUUAUCUUAGGAACUCCUACACAAGUGACUCGGCCGGCCCCUCAUUUUUCAUGAGGAAGGUUCCAGGUUUUGAGGACGAUUAUCAAUCCGAUUCUUCCUUAGAUAAAAAUUUUCAUACACCCCUUCCCGAACCCACAUACGUCGGUAAGGGAAAACAACGAGCUGAUCCUGUCGAUGAAGCCUUGUAUGAUCGCAGGCCCGCGUUAUCUUUACCUGAAAAAUACCUCAUGGAACAACGAGAGAACAUGCGAACGAAUAUUUCAAUAAAUCAGGAUAAUAACACAAUGGAUCGAUUCUUAUCGCUUGUACCCUCAAAACCACCUAAUUAUCCAAUUUGGGGGGCUGAUGAAAUAAUGAUACCAUGUCCGUUAUCUGGAACUCAACAGGACUCGAUCAUUAAUGAGCUCACUGAUGUUAACUUAUCCUAUUAUCUGAAGAAGAUACCUGCUGAAGAGAAGCCAAAUGACGAUUCACCUUUAAGGGUGGCGAUUAAUCGUUAUCUUCAAAUUAUUAACAAUGAAUUUCCAGGAGAAAAGGAAAGAAACUCAUUGCCAUUUCAUUCCAGAGAUCGGAAGGUCAUGUUCUUUACCGGAAAGUUGAGGAUGCUAGAGAGUUUAUUGCGACACUUGAGAAUAUUUCCAAUAAAGAUUGGUGUCGCCGUCUCAGCCGGUCAAGCGAUGGACACUAUGAUACUGAUCAUGGACAGGUGUAGCCAAAAAUACGGGAUCAUUAAUGAUGAUCGAAAUAAUUAUCAUGAAAAUCUUUACAAACAAGAUCUCACAAAUGAAAAAGAAUCAUUCUGCAUACUUUUCUCGACAGAUUUUGUAAAUCAUCUCCCUAACGUGAUGCCCAAAUUGGACCUUGUCAUUGCGUGUGAUACGUCAUUCGAGCCCGAAAAGCAUUUUUACUUUUCAAUGCACAACCUACAAACUCCAAUUCUUCGACUUGUUACCAUCGAUUCCAUAGAGCAUGUGCUCGUUUAUGGAUUGAUCAACAAAGUUGAUUAUUUGAAUAUCUUUCCUAUUGAAAAACUCUUAAAGAUAUUUUUCUUUGGUACAAGUAGGAAAAAUGUCGAGAUGACUGUUGGCGUUCAUUAUAAGAAUCAUAAAUUCACUGAAAUUUGUAAUAAGAUUGCAGAUUGUGUGAAUUCGAUGGGUUGGAGUGAUUUAUCAUUCGGAAUGGAAGAGAGGGUUAAGGAAUGGAUCGAAGAGAUUGGGUACAAUGGGAACAAAAAAGAUUGGUUCGGUAGCAGUGUACCCGGUAUUUAUAAGAAUUUUGACGUAGAUGCUGUAGAGAUUUCUAAUGACAUUUUAGGUUUGACAACUAUAUCAAAACCGAAAGUUGAUAACGUGAUAAAUCUAGACUCUAAGACGAAGCGGAAUAUGAAACGUCAAGCAGAAUCAGAAAAUCUCAUCGAUCCAAAAAAAAUACGACUCGAGGAAGCUACAAUAGAAACCAAUGUGUCCGAGGAGAUGGCAGUAUUUCGGGAUGAAUCGAACGAAGUAAUGCGUGCACAACUGAAUUUGACCAAUAAGAAAUUAUCAUCCGCCAGGGCUGAAAUAAUCGAUCUACAACAGAAACUGGAGCGCUCGAAUGGUAAUGAGCUUUCAAGGUUACGGGAACGUGUGACAGUAUUACAAAAUCAGUGCGAACAGGAAUUAACGGACGGAAAAAAAGGAAUACUCGUUAAGCAGGAAGAAAUUGAUCUGUUAAAAAUAGAAAAUGAAAGAUUGAAAGAGGAUAAUAAGAAUCUGGAAGAACAGAUAGCUACCUUAAAUAUUCUCAAUGGAAGGGUUGUUUUAAAUGCCAAGAAAUCUAGGGAUGAAGCUGACGCAAAAUUGAAAUCACAGGGAAAAGAGAUCCAAUCGUUGAGAUUGGAAAAGGGUCGCCUUGAAAAAUCAAACUUACAACAGUCUCGCUCCAUCGCAAUUUUAAAUAAUCGCAUAGAAGGGUUGAACAGUCAAUUGUUCCAGUUGAAUAAUCAGAUCAUGGCUCAAGGUGAGCACAUGAGAAGGCUCGCCGAUGAAAAAGUUCGUUUGGCACAGAUCACUAUACAACAGACGCAAGAAAUUGGUCGGUUGAAAUCCCUCAAUAACGAAAAUAAUCGAGUGGUCAGACCGCCCUGGCAACUGGGAUAA